GCAUCUCAUCCGCCCAUCCCCUCCUGCCAGCUGCCACUUGCAGUAGUGAUGCUGCUCCCUGGUGUGUAGAGGAGGAGAGAGAGCAUGUCCGCUGCCCAAUGACAGGGCAGGAUGCUGAGAGAGGCUGCUCGGGUGAAUGGAGGCGACACGAUGCCGUCUAAAGCAGUGAAGGAAAGAAAUUAACAUCGAUCAAGAUCUGAUUUUGAUGUGCUGCACCAGUUAGGGCAUGAAAUAAAUCACCCAUGUGCGGUACAAAGGGUCAGGACAGUCUCCUUUCAGCAAGCUCCCGUUAAGGACCCUCUGGUGGCUACGCCGCUGAUUCACAGGACAUGUACAGCAGUGCCAGAGCUGUAGGCCAUAUAGAGAGCAGCCCCGCACGGUCCCCGCGCCUGCCAAGGUCCCCCAGACUGGGCCAUCGGAGGGCCAAUGUUGGGGGCGGGGGUGGUGCGGGGGGAAAGACGCUCUCCAUGGAGAACAUCCAGUCACUCAACGCUGCCUAUGCUACUUCUGGUCCCAUGUAUCUGAGUGACCACGAAGGCGUGGGCUCCACUGCCACUUACCCAAAAAGCACUAUGACUCUGGGUCGCGCCACCAACCGGGCCAUGUAUGGGGGCCGCGUCACAGCCAUGGGCAGCAGCCCUAAUAUUGCUUCAGUGGGGCUGCCCCAUGGUGACCUUCUGUCUUACAGUGACCUGGGCUCCCUCUCCAUGCUGCACCACCACCACCACCACCAGGGUGUGCCCUCCGCACUGCUGAGGCAGGCGGUGCGGGGCAGUGGGGGGGAGUUGCUGGAGAUGCAGGUCCAGCUCAGGGAUAUGCAGAGGGAGAAUGAGCUGCUGCGCCGGGAGCUUGACUUGAAGGACAGCAAGUUGGGAUCUUCCACAAACAGCAUCAAGAGCUUCUGGAGUCCUGAGCUGAAAAAGGAGAGGAUAAUGAGGAAAGAAGAGGCGGCUCGCACAUCAAUCCUUAAAGAGCAGAUGAGAGUCACUCAUGAGGAGAAUCAGCUGCUGGAUGCCAGGAGAACCAAGCAUCUCCAGAUGACCAUCCAGGCUCUGCAGGACGAGCUGCGAACACAGCGAGACCUAAACCACCUGCUGCAGCAGGAGGGCGGCAACCGCUCCGCUUCGGACCACUUCACCACUAUCGAGCUGACGGAGGAGAACUUCCGUCGGCUGCAGGCCGAACACGACAGGCAGGCCAAGGAGCUCUUCUUGCUGAGAAAGACCCUUGAGGAGAUGGAGCUGAGGAUCGAGACCCAGAAACAGACACUCGGUGCCAGGGACGAGUCAAUUAAGAAGCUGUUGGAAAUGCUGCAGAGUAAAGGGCUGCCCCCGGGGCCGGGCAGGGUGUCUGAGGAGGAGGAGCAGGAGAGAGCCAGGCGCAUUGCUGAAGCAGAGGCCCAGCUUGGACACCUGGAGGUCAUUCUGGAUCAAAAGGAGAAGGAGAACAUCCAUCUGCGAGAGGAGCUGCACAGAAGAAAUCAGCUGCAUCAGGAUCCAAGCAAAACCAAGGCCCUGCAGACCAUCAUAGAAAUGAAAGACACCAAAAUUGCCUCUUUGGAGCGCAACAUUCGGGAUCUGGAGGAUGAGAUACAAAUGCUGAAGGCAAACGGCUUACUGAACACAGAAGACAGAGAGGAGGAAAUCAAACAGAUGGAGGUCUAUAAGAACCACUCUAAGUUUAUGAAGAACAAGAUUGACCAGCUGAAGCAGGAGUUGUCAAAGAAGGAGUCAGAGCUUCUGGCUCUGCAGACAAAACUAGAAACCCUCAACAACCAGAACUCAGACUGCAAACAGCAUAUCGAGGUGCUCAAAGAGUCUCUCACUGCCAAGGAGCAACGUGCUGCCAUCCUGCAAACAGAGGUGGAUGCUCUACGUCUGCGACUGGAGGAGAAAGAAUCCUUCCUAAACAAGAAAACCAAGCAGCUGCAGGACUUGACGGAAGAGAAGGGCACUCUCGCUGGAGAAAUCAGGGACAUGAAGGACAUGCUCGAGGUUAAAGAAAGGAAGAUCAAUGUCCUGCAGAAGAAGAUUGAGAACCUGCAGGAGCAGCUGCGGGACAAGGACAAGCAACUUGGGAACCUAAAGGACAGGGUUAAGUCUCUGCAGACCGACUCCAGUAACACAGACACUGCCCUGGCCACCCUGGAGGAGGCUCUGUCAGAGAAGGAGAGGAUAAUAGAGCGUUUAAAGGACCAAAGGGAGAGGGAAGACAGAGAACGUCUGGAAGAAGUAGACUCCUAUAAGAAGGAUAACAAGGAUUUGAAGGAGAAGGUCAACAGCCUGCAGAUAGAAUUAACAGAGAAAGAGUCCAGUCUCAUCGAUUUAAAAGAACAUGCUUCAUCCCUGGCAUCCUCUGGCCUCAAGAAGGAUUCAAAGCUCAAGUCACUGGAGAUCGCCAUUGAGCAGAAAAAAGAGGAGUGUAGUAAGUUGGAGACGCAGUUGCAGAAGCAAGCUGAGCAGCUAUUCAGUCACAUGAACAAUCCUAAGGCCCAUGAGGUGGAGCUGCAGUCCGGCCCCAGAGGCACCCCGGAGUAUGUGGACCGAGUGAAGCUGCUGGAGAAGGAGGUGAGCUACUACAAGGACGAGGCCAACAAGGCUCAGACGGAGGUGGAGAGACUCCUGGACAUUCUGCGAGAGGUGGAGACUGAAAAGAAUGACAAGGACAAGAAGAUCGCUGAGUUGGAAAGCCCCCCUCCCUCUGCCCCUUGCCCCACCCCUCGUCCCGGUGGCAGAGCCCCCCCUGACCCACUCCCUUCUGUGUCCACUGCCCCCCAACAGAUAGGGGGCAUGGUGUGGGAUUUCCUGGGAAAUUUAGCUCCCAGACAAGGAGGCAAAGACCUGACUAAGAAGGGUCCAAAUAUCAAACUGGGACCACAAGGGGACAAGAAAGGCUUAGGACAAGAUCCUCGUAAGGACAGCUCCAUGGACAGUGGCCACCAUGUAAAGUUGGAAGAGCUGAUGAACACACUGGAAAGGACAAGGCAGGAGUUGGAUUCCACCAAGCAGCGUCUCUCCUCUACACAGCAGUCACUGCAGGAGAGGGACGGCCAUCUCACCAACAUGAGACAGGAGCGCAGGAAACAGCUGGAGGAGAUACUGGAGAUGAAGCAACAAGCUCUGCUGGCAGCCAUCAGUGAGAAAGAUGCAAAUAUUGCACUGCUGGAACUGUCGGCCUCCAAUAAAAAGAAGACCCAGGAGGAGGUGCUGGCCCUCAAGAGGGAGCGCGACAAACUGAUGCACCAGCUCAAACAACAUACACAAAGCAGAAUGAAGCUGAUAGCCGACAACUACGAAGAUGAGCAAUAUCAUCCACAUGGUCCUCACCACCCUCAGCCUCAGCCUCCACAUGCUCAGCCUCAACCUCAGCCCCAGCCCCAGCCCCAGCCGCAGUACCCCCACGCUCCCCACGCUCCCCACGCUCCCCACGCCCCCCACGCCCAGCAGACUCCAUAUCCACACACCAUGCACCCGCAGCACCCACAGGCCCCUCAACAGCACCCACACCCACAGCAGCCACAACCCCAAUACCCUCACCCUCCUCACCCCCAGCACCCCCAGCAACACGCUCAGCACCCCCAACCACCUCCCCAGCACCAACAGCACCCACGGCCCCCACAGCCCCAACACCCUCACCAACAGCACCCGCAGCAUCCUCCACAGCACCCACACGCACACCCCCCUCCACAACACCCUCACCCUCAGCACCCACACGGCGCUCCCCAACAAGGACCCCACCCCCAACAUCCACAUCCCCAGCACCCCCAACACCCUCAACAUCCUCAACACCCUCAACACCCUCAGCACCCGCACCAUGGCCAGCAUCCACGCCACCCAUCGCCCCAUCAUCGUGGUGGGCCGGCCCGAGGACCCCCACAUGCUGGUCACCGCCCUGCCCAGGACCAGGAUGACGACGAGGGCAUUUGGGCAUGAUAUGUGCUGCGACAACCAAAGUUCUUAUAUUGUUUUGAGGGAUGAUUCAGUCACUACAGGAGGAGCACAGCCAUGCCAUGAUGUUGAAACACUAUAGUACCCGGACGAACAUAUAUUACCUCCACUCAAUCAACACUCAGCAAUGGGACCUUUUGUUUAUUUUCCGGGGGAAAGGAGGAGGCACUCAGGUGUCAAGGUCAUGCGGGGAGACUGACAGCUGAGCAGAAUCACAGAUACAGGACUUAAUUGGAAGGAAUGGGACACAUGUUGAUGCCGAUGGGGAGACAGAUGUAUCAAAGUUUUGCUUGGACAAAGCAUGCUAUCAACAAGGCAGCCCUGCAUCAGAGCUCUCACACAUGUCACUUCACCUGUCUGUCACCAGCUCAACACUGAACCUCUUCAGGCCAACAAUGCCCUCUUGAUCCUCCAAGCAGUGAUCUCCCAACAGUCUGCCAGCCCAGUAUUUGUUCCUCAUCCUUCUUCCUGUAACUGAUUCAAGAUCGUGGUUGUCUUGCUGUAUGUCUCACCUGCCUGACUGACUCCUCUGGCUGUGGUUGGCCCCCCAUCUGACCCCUCUACCUGGCUAUAAUGACCCUCAUGACACAUGGCUCUUCUGUAGUUUUAAUCAUCUGAUCAUGUUGAUGAGCGAUUUUAUCCUUUAUGGCACAUAUGGACCUCUUUUUUACCUUUAUACAUGCCCCAAACACCAUCUAUUUCUAAAGAGGCUUAUGCUCUGCAUUUCUAAAAGUGAUGUAGUGUCCCUUCACUUGCUUUUUCCACACACCAGAUUCAAGUGUUUUUUUGUUGUCAUUUCUUGUUGGUAAAAGGAAGAGUUUAGAGCUGACUGAUAGUACGCCUUUAGCUUUGCCUGCAGGAUCAGGGGUUUCCUUGGCUGCACGAGCAGGGCCAUCCAGUUCUUGCGCUUGUUUUAGCCUCAAGGCUGUGGGUGCCAUCAAUGUUUCUCUUCAUGUUACCUCAUUUUAAUCAGCAGUAGUCAAAAAAAAAAAUCAAUCUAUGCAGAUGUCAUUUCAGAGUGAAUGCAUUUUUAUUUUCCCAUCCUCACUCAGAUUUAUCAGUCAAAGUGUAAUUAACCAUCCAAUCAGGGUGGCCAAGAGAGUGGUCAGAAACUAUUAAUCAGUCAGAUUAUUUUGAGUUUCUGAGACUAUGCACCUCCUCCGUGUUGCAGGAUUUUUUACUAAUGGUGCUUCUGCUGGUGCUCAAACUAAAUGGUGUCAGAAGACCUGUUCAAGAGCAUCUUUUAGUCCUUUUACAGUCAAGGAGCUUGAUCCCACAAUGGGCUUCACAAACCAUCUCGUAAAGACUGCUUUGUACAUACAUUUUGACCUUGGGGGCUUUGUGAUCAACGAUCACUUCAACACCCACACAGAGGUGAUCUCCCUCUAUGAAUACUGCUACUAUAAAUACAUUAUAGACUAUGAAGUGGAGAAUGUUCAAUGGAUAUUUUCCUGCAGGUCUAUUUGUACCAUUGACACCCCAGUCUCUGACUUACAGUACGCUCCAGCUUUCCUCUCCCUUGUAAUUCUCCUCUUCCAGCAGUAGUCUGUGUGACCUCCUUAAUCAUAGUGACUUGUUUUCUCCUUCUCAACAAGGUGGCUUGUGCCUCGUUAAAACUGUACACAUAUAUUAUAGAUAUACAUAUAUUAUACAUAUAGAGAGAAAUCUAUAGUGUGUCUAUAUGUGGUCAGAAAAUCGUUUCAAACUGAAGAGAUAAUAUAUGAUUUUUUUCUUCAUGGUUAUUUUUCUAACUGGCUGGACGUCAGAGAUAUGUCUUAUUUAGAGUGUUGAGUGGUGUUAUUUUCCUCUGAUUUGUACAUUGUGAGAAAACCCCUCAGCAGAAAAUAACAUUCCCUGUCUGAAAACACAGGACAGCCCAAAAAGAAAGAAAAUAUAUAUAUAAGAGCUUUAGAACCGUUUAUGGGAAAUAGAGAAGUAUAUCCAAAUCUAUCUAGAAGUCUAGAACAGAAGACAUUAUUACAUUCCUUUCUUCAAUGUGAAAACAUGUAGUUGAACACCACUUGGCUUGUGGUGACAACUUUGAACAAAAAAGACUGAACUUUGCAGCUCACAUAAGUAGCAAUGAGAUUAUGUCUGCUGCACUCAGCAGUCAGAAACUUGCACUUGUGAGUGAGGACUAUCACGUUUAACAUCCAAGUGGAGGUUUAAGUGACUCUGUCAGGAUGCAUUUCUUUUGCGUGUUUGUCGUCGUUGUCGUUUGUAAACAGAUGUGGUAACAUAUGUGACCGUGACGGCUGAUUAAGUAGAAAAACCAACACACAUUGGUGCAGUAUAGUGGAAAAUUGAAUUAGACUGUUACAAUCCCCUACUUCCUCUCCCUCCCCUCAUGGUGCUUGUGUGUCUUCCUUAUAUGGCCAAUUGUUGAUCGUUGUAUAUAAAUGUCUUUCCAUCUACCCAUCUAUCCACAAACCGAGGUGAUACAUGCAUCGCCUUUUAUGUGUCCGCUUCACAUAUGAACCUCUACAGCUCCUGUCACUGACCAAGAAUUAACAGAUUGUGUGAAGCUUUUGUGUUUGUGUUUACAAAUGUUAUGAGAAAGGUCCUGAUUUAGAUUUUAGGGGAAAAAAGGGAAGACAAUGCAAACAGACAGAGGAGCAAAAAUCCUCUCACUUCACCAUCAGGGGGGCGGAGUAUGAAUCCUCCAUUUUCAGGUCCUUAUCUACUGAAUACUUGAAGUAGGGGGUUCUCCUACCAUGAAAUACCAUAUAUGAUUUACAUGGUAGAAAACAUGAACCAUUUCAAUUGUGCCCAUGCAUGCUGAUUUUUACAUAAUGUGCCAACUGGAAGCGAUGAUAUAAGGAUAAUCUCCUGUUCUCUAUGCAGAGCAAUUGCUUAACUGUUGUGUCAGAAAAAAGGGUUUAGGAGACAAAAAGGCUUAGAAGCUGGGGCUGGUUUCCUGGGCUUAGAUGAAAGACAAAUCCUGGUUGUGAAUGACUGACUUCACAUUCAGUGUGAGGUAGAGUCAAGAAGUCAAGUCUGCAUCUGUGCCUAGAAGCAGCCAUUUAGAGAGACUUGAGUUGAAAGGCCUACAGGUCCACCAAUAAUUCUCAAAGGCCUUCAAGAAAAAGGUCUGAAAAGCCUAACAUACAUUUUCACUUUAUUGUUGUAUACAGGUUUUUUUUCUUUUGCUGUAUGUUGCUGAAAACUUUGGAUUAAACAAAUCACUGUGACCAAUGCCAGAAACAUUUUGGUUUUGACAGAACUAAUAUUGUUUACUUUUUUAUUCUUCAUUUUUGUAUUUAAGUUAGCUUUAUUUUUUCUAUUGUUUCAUCUUAUGGAAUAUGCCAGUUUGAGACUGUACUAUUUGUAUAAGUAAAUGUUUUGAACUGUACAGUAAAGACCUAGGAACAAGUUCAAUGUGAGUGUCCAGCAUGCUGAAUGAUUACUUGUGUGAACGUGAGCUUAUUUCCCAUGAAGCAUCAUUCCUCUUCAUUACUUGCAUCUGCAUCGUGCAUUGUGACGGUGUGAUGUCGUGUUUGAGAGUGAUGUGUGUCUCACUUACUGUGUCCCCCCUAUUAGACAGCCUGUGCAGUUUUGUGAGAGUGCAGCAUGUUUUUGGGGUUGCUUGUGUAAAUUUAUUCAGAAGAGAGAAGAGAGAGAGAGAGAGAGAGAGGAGAGAGAAAGAGUGUGUGUGUGUGUGUGUGUGUGUAGCUGCUUUAGUUGCUUUAAUGGGUGUGCUUAUGCGUGUAUGUGUGUGAAUGCAAAUGAGAAAUAUCUAUUUAAAAGAACUUUAUCAAAGGAAGUCCCUAGAUGAAAAAAAGCGAGAUUGCGUCAGUUGAAGUAUUGAAUGAAGCAUGGAUACUCUGUGAUGUUUUAUGUUUUUUAAACAUAGGAGGCUGUCCUCAGUGCCCCAGUUUGCUAUUGUAUGUGCUGUAUCAGAAUAUUACUAUUGAGUGUUGGCCAGCUUGUUUAUAUCCAUCAAAUAAAGGUGACUUUCUUUCUGUC